AUGAAAGUGGCUGACAACAUCAACCCUAAUAUAUACGAAAAGGGUUCCGCUCGAGAGAUCAGCAAAACCGAUUUAGAUGAGGAUUUGAAAGACGACUUUGACCAACGCGAAAUAUUCGAUAUAAUACGCAAUAUCUGUGACCCGGAGCAUCCUCUGACUCUCGAAGAGCUCCGUGUGGUUGAAGAGAAUAAUAUAGUUAUAGAUAAUAAAAAUAAUACAGUGCAUGUUUACUUUACACCGACAAUACCUCAUUGCAGUAUGGCUACUUUAAUUGGUCUCUCAAUUCGAGUGCAGUUACUCCGAGCGCUGCCAAGUAGGUUCAAAGUGAGCGUAGAAGUCACUGAGGGCACACAUGUUUCUGAGCAUGCAGUUAACAAACAGUUGGCAGAUAAAGAGAGAAUAGCAGCAGCUCUAGAGAAUAAUAACUUAGUGCAAAUUAUAAAUCAAUGUGUUAAAUCUGUGUAG